AUGCGCUGCCGCCGCCGCCGCGGCCGCCGGGAGAGCGAGUCCGCAGGAGGGGGCGCGGCCGGGAGGAGGCGGCGGCGCGGACUCGGUUUCCCGUCGCGCCCCUCGGCCGCCCCCCGGCCAUGUAAGCGCUGCUCGGCGAGCGGCCGCCCCGUUUCCUGGUCGGGCUCCGGCGGCCAUUUUGGGCUGAGGCGCAGCGCGGAGGCCGCGGAGCGGGCGCGGGCGGACGGGCCGAGCCGAGCGCCGGGCGAUCGCGGCUCCCUCGGACCAGCGCACCGCGGAGCGCCUGCCUCGGCGGCGGGAGGUGCCGCCGCACCGCCCCCUCACAGCGCGCUCGCCGUCCCUCGGGCCGCGGGCCCCACGGACAUGUCCAGCAUGAACCCGGAAUAUGACUAUUUAUUCAAGCUACUUCUGAUUGGAGACUCCGGUGUUGGGAAAUCUUGCCUUCUACUUAGGUUUGCAGAUGACACGUACACAGAAAGUUACAUCAGCACGAUUGGUGUGGACUUCAAAAUCAGAACUAUAGAACUAGAUGGGAAAACAAUCAAGCUUCAGAUAUGGGACACGGCGGGACAGGAGCGGUUUCGGACUAUCACUUCCAGUUACUAUAGAGGAGCUCAUGGCAUCAUAGUUGUGUAUGAUGUUACAGAUCAGGAGUCUUUCAAUAAUGUCAAGCAGUGGCUGCAGGAGAUAGACCGUUAUGCCAGUGAAAACGUCAACAAGUUGUUGGUGGGGAACAAGUGUGAUCUGACCACAAAGAAAGUAGUAGACUAUACAACAGCAAAGGAAUUUGCAGAUUCUCUUGGAAUUCCGUUUUUGGAAACCAGUGCAAAGAAUGCCACAAAUGUAGAACAGUCUUUCAUGACCAUGGCUGCCGAGAUUAAAAAACGAAUGGGUCCGGGAGCGACAGCUGGUGGUGCAGAGAAGUCCAAUGUUAAAAUUCAGAGCACUCCAGUCAAGCAGUCUAGUGGAGGUUGCUGCUAAAACUUGCCUCCCCCCCUUUUGUCUCACAACAAUGAAUUUGCAAUCUGAACCCAAGUGAAAAAAAAAAAAAAUUUGCCUGAAUUGUACUGUAUGUAGCUGCACUACAACAGAUUCUUACCGUCUCCACAAAGGUCAGAGAUUGUAAAUGGUCAAUACUGACUUUUUUUAUUCCCUUGACUCAAGACAGCUAACUUCAUUUUCAGAACUGUUUUAAACCUUUGUGUGCUGGUUUAUAAACGUGUAAUCCUUGUUGCUUUUCCUGAUACCAGACUGUUUCCUGUGGUUGGUUAGGAUGUAUUUUUGUUUUGAUGUUUCUAUUGGCAUGUUUAGAUGUCAGGUUUAGUCUUCUGAAGAUGAAGUUUAGCCAUUUUGUAUCAAACAGCACAACAGUGUCUGUCACUUUCCAUGCAUAAAAUUUAGAUAUAUGUAAGAUCUGAUUUGCUAGUUCCUUCUUGUAGAAUUAUAAAUGGAGAGAUCACACUAUCUGAUUAAUAGUUUCUUCAUACUCUGCAUAUAAUUUGUGGCUGCAGAAUAUUGUAAUUUGUUGCACAAUAUGUAACAAAACUGAAGAAAUGUUUAAUAAAUAUUGUACUUAUUGGAAGUAAUAUCAAACUGUAUGGUGAUAAAUAUUGUCUUAAUUUGUAUGGCUAAGGGGGAAAUCAGGCUUGCAUUGUGCACAAAACAACAUAUCUGUGUGUGCAGCCCUGGCUCUCAGACCUUCCCUGCAACUCACCCAGUGACUGUGGCCCCAAAGCCUGAGCUGUCAUGGUGCUUAAGGCACGAGUGCUGUACCAGAAACACCCAGCCAAGGUUCAUGAGGCAUAAUGCACUCUGAAUGUACAACAGUUCCCUAACUUAGUCUUGGAACUUAAUUUAUUUCUCAAGGACUCCAUGUAGGGAAUUCCCGUCAGCUUUGCAUAGCAGGGGAGAGAACAGUAUUUCCCUAACGUGAACGAUUUCAGCGAAACCUUGAGGAGAUAUAACUUUCUACCAGUAUAUUAUGUCUUUUCUAUAUACUGUUAAUUCCAUCCUCUUUUAAUCAGUAUCUUCUGACUUAGUGCAACAGCUUAGCUUCUAUUCCCUUCUGCAGCGAGGCACCAGGAGGGUGACAUGGGGAUAGCAAGGCCCCCACCAAACUGUUGCUCAAAGUAGGCGCUUUCUCAAACAAUUUGGAACUAACCAGCAGCCAAGAGGUUUUGGAUGGUGUGUGAUUCUUUGUACAGAGCUAAUCAAAUCAUUAGUGCCUGAUGUCUAGCUAAAAGCCACAGGAAAGCUAGCCUAUAACACUUCCUAUACAUGUAAAAUUGUUCAGCUUUAUCUAAACUCAAAUGUUCAGCCUAUUCUGUAAAUAGUCUCAUGUUUGAAAGACCAUGUAACAUUCCCCUAGUAGUAAAUACACCCUGUGAUAGUAAAAAUAUAGCCUAGGUAUGUUGUGAGGUAUAAACUAAAACUGGUGCAAAUAUCCUCUGAUUUUUUUUUUUUUGGGGGGGGUGACUUUGGCUAACAGCUUUCUUCAACAUAGUUGCAUAAAUCAACAGGCAAUUGUAAUACAUAAAGUAUUGUCAUGGUUAAGUUGAACUCUUCCACUUGAGACCUUCACAAUAAAGUGAUGUGCUUUCUAGUAGAGAUGUGCUUGUUGGUAUAAUUCAUUAUAAAUGUGACCUGCUGCUCCUCAGGAGCAGGAGCAGUGAGUGCUGCUGAGAUCAGGAAGUGAAGCAGAAGGAGGUGUGUUGAGGGUAAAACAUCUUCCCUGCAGAGAGUGCACAAAUGAACUUCAAUGUCGAGAUGCCUGCUACAUACUAUCCAAACCAAUGUUAAUAUAUACAGUAAUAAAAGCAUUGCAAAACCA